CGCGCGCCGCACGCGUCCACCCACCCCAAGGACCUUUGUUAAAAUGUUUCCCAUCAAUUUUGUGUUAAACUGAUUGAAAGUUAACAAAAAUGCCCGCUUUCCAAUCGUUAAUAGUUCGAUUAAGUUCAGUCACAAUCGAAGUGUUCACUAUAACGUGUUAUUUACUGUUCCUCAUAAUGUGCCACGACAAUGAAAACGAAUCGUUUUGAAUAGUUUUCGGAGUAUGACAAUAAAUUAACAAUAAUAAGAAAUGGCGAACACAGCUCAUUUGAUGCGGCGGCAGAGCUCGCGGGAUUUAUACGCGCAGCGCUCCCUGGACCGCAUGGAGAUGAAGGAGCUCAGGGGGCGGCUGGUGACCAUGGAGAACGGCCACCCGUCCCACAGGACCCACGUCAUGUACGGCGCAACUAACGAGGCUUUUGAAGACACAAGCCCCAAUCGCCGUUCCUCGGAGACUCCAACGAGCAAAGGCAGCUCGGGUGAAGAGCGCGGUGCCUUUAAACCUGAAGGAGUAGAAUUAGAACGAGAAUCUUGGGACAGUAAGCUCACAUUCCUCUUAGCAACAGUCGGCUACGCUGUCGGUCUAGGCAACGUUUGGAGAUUCCCGUAUCUAGCACAGAAGAACGGCGGGGGGGCAUUCCUGAUUCCCUAUUUCGUGAUGUUAGCAAUAGAAGGGAUUCCUAUAUUUUAUCUAGAGCUGGCUAUUGGGCAGAGGUUAAGGAAAGGUGCGAUUGGCGUGUGGCACCAAGUAUCCCCGUAUUUAGGUGGGAUUGGGAUCAGCUCAGCAGUGGUGUCGUUCAACGUGGCUCUGUACUACAACUCUAUAAUAGCGUGGUGCUUGUUCUACUUCGCCCAGAGUUUCCAAGCGGAGCUGCCGUGGUCGGAAUGCCCCAAAAAGUAUUUCAGCAACGGCUCUUAUACCACCGAGCCCGAAUGCGCCGUAAGCAGUCCUACUCAGUUCUUCUGGUACCGUACAACCUUGCAGAUAUCUGAAGACAUCAACCAGCCCGAGACGUUUAACUACAAAAUUGCCCUGGCCUUAGUUAUUGCCUGGAUCCUGGUCUACAUGUGUAUGAUCAAAGGCAUCGCGUCCUCUGGGAAGGUCGUUUACGUCACCGCCACGUUUCCUUAUAUCGUCUUGGUAAUUUUCUUCUUCAGAGGAAUCACUUUGAAGGGCAUGAGUGAUGGACUGAUACAUCUCUUCACUCCAAAAUGGCAUACGAUUCUAGACCCAGUGGUCUGGCUAGAAGCCGGCACGCAAAUAUUCUUUUCCCUUGGACUUGCUUUUGGCGGAUUGAUCGCUUUCUCUUCCUACAAUCCUGUGGACAAUAACUGCUACAGAGACGCUAUAAUGGUUUCAAUGACGAAUUGCUUAACGUCCAUGUUUGCUGGCAUCGUGGUGUUUUCAAUCAUCGGGUUUAAAGCCACAAUGGUCUACGAGAAGUGUUUGGAGAUGCGGAAUGAGACCUUGCUGGAAGUCUUUGGGCCAGGGUUUACUUCUUUGGCGCUCCCUGAGGCUGGAGAAUAUGUGAAUGUGGAGAUCAAUGGAAAUUGGACGAAGAUGAUCAUGCCACAUUUGCCGGUGUGUGAUUUGCAGAAGGAAUUGGAUAACACUGCAUCAGGAACAGGCCUGGCUUUCAUAAUCUUCACAGAAGCAAUCAAUCAAUUCCCCGGAGCACAAUUCUGGUCAGUCCUCUUCUUCCUGAUGCUGUUCACGUUGGGAAUAGACUCCCAGUUCGGAACCCUGGAAGGUGUGGUCACAUCCAUUGUGGACAUGAAGCUAUUCCCGAAUCUGAGGAAGGAGUAUUUGACAGGAGGACUGUGUUUGCUCUGCUGUCUCCUGUCGAUGGGGUUCGCUCAUGGCGCUGGGAGUUAUAUCUUCCUGUUGUUCGAUAUGUACAGCGGGAAUUUCCCGUUGUUGAUUAUAGCGUUCUUCGAGUGCGUCGGCAUCGCUUACGUUUAUGGAGUGAAGAGAUUCGCCGACGACAUAGAGCUGAUGACGGGCCAACGUCCAGGAAUCUACUGGCUAAUCUGCUGGAAGUAUCUCUCACCUUUAGCCAUGCUGUCCAUCCUCAUAUCCUCUUUCGUGGAGCUGGCCACAGAAGGAUCUGGGUACGAAGCCUGGAUCAAGUCUGAAGGGGACACCGAGAAGAAACCCUGGCCGAUUUGGGCUGUGCUGCUUGUGAUUGUGUUGGUUCUGGCUUCGGUACUCUGGAUUCCUGGACUUGCUAUAUGCAGAUACUUCGGCAUACCAAUAAUAGAAGAUGAAGAACGCGCUUGGUUCCCAGCUGACGACCUUCGAGAUUUCCACGGCAUCGAGCCCAGGCCUGUCUCCGCAGCGGAGACUCUUCUGUUCUGCACCAGGGCCGACGGCACCGAGGGUUGUUGCUGGCCUGGCUGCUGUGAGACUGAUGACGAAGAGUAGGCGCAAUAAUUACCUACAAUAGACACCGCAUUAACUUCCAUGUUUGAAAAUGGCGGUAUCGAGACACGAUCUGAUUGGAUAUUUUGAAAACGCGGGAAAAUACUCGACUGUGAUUGGUCUAUGCUGUUAUUUGAAAUUUAAAGAGAUGCGGUGUUUGUUGAAGGUUUUUUAACACGUUAAAACACCAUAAAUGUUUAAAACUAAAAUAUAAAUGAAUAAAGUAGGAACGUUAUUGAUGAGUUAAAAUACAUUAAAAUGUAAAGAGUUGGAGAAUGAGUGCAAUAAAGUUAGUUUCAACAUAAAUCACUACCAAAAGUGAAAAAAUAUACGAUCUCUUCAGAAAUAAUGGCAAUGCUAUGCAAAAAUAAACAUUUACUGUGAACGUUUCUACUUUAUGAUUGUCAUUUUUAAUCUGUAUAAUUACGAUUUAAAAAGCCGGAUGUCAGUGUCGCGUUAUAUUUUCGAAGAUAUCUUUUUGUACUUAAAUAUUCGUGCAAAACGUUGCAACCGCUUUUUGUCGUCGAUUGAUGCCAACGACCCAGUUUCUGAAUUCUCAAUGCAAAGGCGAAAAUCGGUUAGAAGUUUUAACGGUAGUUUUGUAGAUAUUUUUGUUGGAUGUGUUGACCAACUAUGUUGCACAUAAAGCAACUAAAUUUCAUGACUUACUGGAAAGACAAUAACUAUAUUAAUUGAUCUCUUAGAAAUUAUAAAAAAAUAUGUCGAUCGUGUUAUUUACAUAACUAAAAAUAUUUUAUAAAAUAAUCGCGUAAAUUAAAGCCUUUUAAAAUAAAAUAAAAACUUUGGAGUUUUAUAAGGAAAAGGUUUAUAUUAAAUUUAUUUUAAUUAACAAAUCUCUUAUUAACUAUUAAAUAUCUUUUUAUAUCUUUAAUAUAUCUAUCGCAUAUCAAAGUGAACGUGAGCGUAAUAUGCUAACAUAUCCCUUAAUAACAUUUUCCGAGGCGCGAGAAAAUAAAGAGACACAAACUAUGCACAAAGCAUUGAAAAAUUAUACAUAUUAUUCUUAAUCAAAGGCAUAAAGUAUACUUAAAAUAAUAAAAAUAUAUUCGAAAAUCGAAGAUGUUAAAAAAACCGUUUACCUGUGUACUUGAAAUGUGACAAUACAAUUAAUAGGAUUAUGAUAAAACUUAUGAAUAUGAAUAUUCUUGCUUGUUUUCAAAUUUUAAAUUUAGAAAUACAU